AUGCAGAUAGAUCUAUUGAGCGAUACAAGGCUAGACUUGUGGCAAAAGGCUAAUUUGGAUUGGCCACUACACCAGUUUGAUGUAAAGAAUACUUUUCUACAUGGCAAACUCACGAAGGAGGUGUACAUGGACAUUCCUCCUGGAUAUAAUACUACUCAAAUUGGAACAGUUUGCAAGUUACGAAAAGUAUUGUAUGAACUGAAACAAUCACCACGUGCAUGGUUUGGACGGUUCACCAUGGCAAUGAAGAACAAUGGUUUCAAACAAUGUAACUCAUAUCAUACUCUGUUCUUGAAACAUCGGAAAGGGAAGGAAAUAUCACAACUACAAGACUAUUUGGCUACUAAGUUUGAGAUGAAGGAUCUAGAUACAGGAAUGCUAGAUUGCAAACCUGUGGACACUCCUAUUGUUCAGAAUCAUCAUCUUGGAGAAUAUCCGAAUCAAGUUCCAACUAAUAAAGAAAGAUACCAAAGGUUAGUGGGAAGAUUGAUCUAUUUGUCACAUACUCGACCAGACAUUGCUUAUGCGGUGAGCGUUGUCAGUCAAUUUAUGCAUUCUCCAAGUGAAGACCACAUGAAUGCAGUUCUUCGGAUACUUAGAUAUUUGAAGUCUGCACCUGGAAAAUGA